CGACGUAUAUCCUGGUCUGGUAGGACCGUCCGUUCUAGGUACUCUAGGAUCUAAAAGGCGGGAACUUGCAAGAAAUAAAAUCAAAUAAAAGCAUUGACUACCUUUUGGAGUCAUCGAGUCUGCUGGCGACGGAAUCUCCUUUUUCUUUUUCCUCCCAGCAAAACCAAACCGCAUCCCGAACGGUAGUUGAGCGCUUUUCUCCACUUUGAGCAUCAGCUGUCCCUCCGUCAUCGACACUCUCCCUCUCUACACGGAAGCGAUCCGUGAGGCAGGCGGAAUGGCGUCUGCUUCACCCAUUGACGUUUACCAAUCCGCUUCUGCCGGAUCCAAUAGUGGCAGUGCCUCCCCCCGACAACCCAUAACCCCGAAACAUGUUCAAUUCGAACUUCUCUUCCCCGAAUCUCCCCAAUAUCGCGCACGACUCCCACUGCGUGUUCAGAUUUACCCUCAUGAUGACACCGAAUCAAUAAUCUCGACUGUGAAGAACUUUUAUGGCCUCUAUCAUGGGGGUAAGGGUGUCAGUUUCGAGGACGAUCGACGCAACACCCUCAUUGCAAGAUAUGAGAAUUUCAGUAACAAUAUGGUCGUCUAUGUGAGAGUCAUUGAAGAGUCCCCUCCACCAGCAGGUGUAUUUGUGCCGAACAAUUUUCAACCUGCGCCGAUUGAAUACGCGGGCCAACAACUAGGCCACCAUAUUUCACGGCCCACGUCAAGAACUUCUCGAAGACGUAGUCCUUCUCCCAACAGAGGUCGCGGCCGACGUAGCGCGUCUGCUAGCACGAACCCAACAGCUGGGAAGAAAGGUCGUUCACGCUCUAUCAAGAACCGUGCAGCAAACUACGACAACCACAGCGAUAGCCUCAAUGGAUAUAGCAGUGGAGACGGCGCUUCUGCUUCUGUGUCUAGCAAAGCAAAGGAACAGAUUGGCAACACCGACAUCAGCGUCGAGAACAUUGUAGAAGGUGGUCGCCGUAAACGCGCCAAAUUUGAAAGCUCGGAACUACCACUCUUUGCGCCGCCUCAGAUGCCAGCUGCGACUUCUAACCCGUCGGUCUCGCCUGUGCGUCGUGUUGAGCACCAGCGACCAUCUUUCCCAUUUGCGCACCCUGGGCAGAACGCCUUUACAAACCCUCGACCCCUCCAAUCUCCCCAGAGCUACAGCAAUGGGUACGGCCAAGCUGGCAUGUUUGCGACGCCAAUUAGCGACGCCAGACGCCAUCGUGGCAGCACUGGUUAUCCUGGCAAUAGUGCUGGUAUAUUACCUACCCCUGACCCAACUAUUGGAAGUUGUGUCUCUGAGGAGGACAAAGAUGUCGCCAUCCAGCUUAUGAGACUGGGUGAAAUGUCCAACAUUUCACACGGCAGAACGUCUGCCUCGACGUUAGAUGAUACCUUCAGCGGUAGAGCUGAUGUCGCUUCGUCUACCGGUGCCACGAGCGACGCCGACAGUGAAAGCGAGAAUGACUUGCCACCAUCGCGUCGGCAGAAGCUUGACGCGUCUGGUAACAAUCGCAAGGUCUAUCAGGCAACGCACAACCACUUUAUACCGUCGCGCGACAGCGCUGAUGCUAGCGGCGAUGACGCUGAUUACGAGGACGGCGCCGACGAUGGUCCUCUUGCAGGACUGAAAUCCAAUGACACCAAACCUAAGCCCCAACAAGCUGGAAAGCCGCAGGCACCAGGUGCAAAGCCCGUCAAGUCUAAGCCUUUCAAGGCUCCCAAAACUACCAAGACGAAGAAAGUUAACACUGCCAUUGCCGCCACUGCUGGCCCAAUGUCGCCUGCCUCUCUACCGACCCAUUCACGUAAGCCUUCUAUUGCUUCAGCCACCGCACUCCCCGGGCAGCCGGGUGAGGAUGACCAACCGGACUUAUCUACCAAGCCCCGCUGUCAGCGAUGCCGCAAGAGCAAGAAAGGCUGUGACCGUCAACGGCCUUGUGGUCGUUGCCGUGAUGCCGGUCUCAGCGCCGAUCAAUGCAUCAGCGAAGAUGAGGGCAACGGCAGAAAGGGGCGCUACGGCCGCCACAUGGGCGUUCCCAUCAAGACAGCAGCAGAUGUUGCUGGCCCCCCUACUCUCCUACCCGCUGCUCCUAUUGCGGUUCCUGCGCUAGCAGGCGACAAGCACAAGAAGCGCAAGCGGUAGGGGACCUGAUAUACAAACGGGCACCUACCAAGACGUCAAAACUCUGCAAUACGUGUCAGGCGAGAUGAGUUAUGGUAUGCUAGCAGCAGAUGUUACGCUACCUUUCUGAAUUGCAUCUACUUUGAGGGUGGAGAGUCGAAUCUGUUGGCUUCAUCGACGCCAAACCUAGCUUGCCAGCUAGGCGUGUUUGUAUCUUUGAAGCCAGCAGUUCGCACUUAUAACAUGG